GUGAGUCAUUCCUCACCAAAAAGCGCUUACAGAGGCACCACUAUCAAGAAUUGUUGAUUUACAUAAAACUGGCAAAGGUUACAAAGUGAUUUCAAAGACUUUGAAAAUUCACCAGUGGAGACACUUUGGGACUGUUGCUACUCUACCCAGAAGUGGGCGCCCAGUCAAAAUGACACCAAGAGCACAACAAAGACUCAUCAGUGAGGUAAAGAACAACCCCGAAUGACAAUGCCAAAGAUUUGAAGGCAUCAUUGGAACUGGCUAACAUCUCUGAGUCUUCAAUACGUAAAACAUUGAGCAAGCAGGGUAUCUACGGCAGGACACCACGAAGGACGCCACUGCUUACUAAAAAGAACAUUGCUGCAUGCCUUGCAAAAGAGCACAUUGACACUCCACAGUGGUAUUGGCAAAAUGUUUUGGGCCUGCUUUGCUGCAUCAGGGCCUGGCCAGCUUGCAAUCAUUGAGGGGAAGAUGAACUCAGACAAUUAUUCAGGAUAAUGUGAGAAUGUUUGCAAGUCAGCUGAAACUGUGUAGAAGUUGGGUGAUGCAACAGGACAACGACCCAAAACAGACAACAGAUUGGCUUCAGAAAAACAAAAUCCGCUUUUUGGAGUGGCCAAGUCAGAGCCCGACCUCAACCCAAUAGAUACUAUGGAAUGACUUGAGAGAGCAAUACACGAGACGUCCAAAGAAUAUGACAGAGCUAAAGCAGUUCUGCCAGGAAGAAUGGGAUAAAAUUCCUCCCAAAUGAUGUGCAGGUCUGAUCCACAGUUACAGGAAGCACCUGGUUGAGGUUAGUGCUGCUGGGGGGGGGGGGUCAACCAAUUAUUAAUAAGGGUUCACUUACUUUUUCAACUGCCAUGUUGAAUGAUAAAUAAAGACAUGAGCGAUCACAAUUUAUUUUGUUUAUUUUAGACGAGUUUUUAUUUGUCAAUACCCUUGAUGACUUAGAUGAAGAUCAAAUCACAUUUUAGGACAAAAUUAUGCAGAAAACCAUAAAAUUCCAAAAGGUUCACAUACUUUUUCUUGCCACUGUAUCAAUCUGCUCAGCAACAUGUCUGAAAGUCAAAGACUAGGCGCAAAUGCUGCAAUUUCAAGAGUCAAGUGUAAAGCUUCACCAUCCAUGCUGUGUAGGAAAUGAAAGUCUUUUUAUGCACAGAUCAGUGUGUGUGAAUGAGAGAUGGCAAUGUGGUGGCUGGUUUUUAAUUCAAGUCACACCAUGAAAUUUCCCAUUUGAACUGCGGAUGUACAAAUCAUUAAAGUUUGACCUUAGACCAAGUGUGCCUUGUUGGAAGGGGGGACCUUUGAUUCAAACAGAAUCAGACUCCCCGGGGCUUGGAGAGUGCAACAUUUCCCCAAUGCAGGAUCCAGACAGCUGUUGAGUUAUCAAUCGGUACUCAAAACACCACAUUGUGAAAUCACGGGUUGUUUGGUGCUUACAUUCACAAGGGCCACAUUAUUUGCAGCAGCUACACGGAGCUGAAACAGUCCUUAGAUACAUCUACCAUACAUCUAAAAUAGGCAACAGCUGAAACCCCUUAUGGGUUUCUUAAUGUGUUUCUGUUUGACAUCUUUAAGCUUCAGCGCAUUUAAGUAGGUUGUCAAAAGUCAAUGAGACGAACACAUAGCAUGACUUGGAUCCACUGGGAUUCAGUGAUGACGUGGGCUGAAGCUGAAUAACCGGAGCGCACAGAUGAUGAGCGGAAGCGUCAGUGCGCACAUCCCCGUAAUAAUCUGGCUGAGCAGCGUCGCUGUCUUUUCAGCACCACUCACUGACAAUCCAACCAACCGGAGAGGCGAGACAGGCAAAACUGACUUCUCUGCAACCUUCUGUGGAUAUUCUUUCUUUCUCUACAUCCACAAAUCCUUACAACUUUUUUUUUUCCAGUAAAGGAGCUUCUGGUUUUUAUUCUACCGAGUUUCCACACGCUGAAAGUAAGAAUUUAGUUUCAUUUUUCAAAUAGGACCAUGUGGUUGUUGGAUGUAUGAUUUUAUGAUAUAUUUUUUUCAUUGCGGAUUUUCGUAUGUUUUUUUUCCCACGGUUACACUCUAAGUUUGGUCUUUUCAUUACGCUUUGGAAGUCUAGAAAAAUGCCCGCAACCACUUGAAUGAAUGAGUUAUUGAAAUAAGUUCGAUUAUUUUACGGUAGUUUUCACACGUUCAGUCAGUAAUUCAAGAGCCUUUGUUUUCUUUUAAUACGUGGAAUUAUAUGUGUAUCUAGUCGCGAUGUUGACUUUAGUGGUGGGACUUUUGUACCUGGUCAGUGGAUGCACGGUGCGAAGCCAGGAUGCUACAGGUAGCCGCUUCGUUUGUAACGCAAUUCCCCCGGGCGCAGAGCCGGGCUGCGCGUACGGUCCUACUGGGAACCGUGUCCAGAGCAGCAGCCCCGUGGAGGACGAGCUACGGAACACGAUAAUCCAGCUCCGGGAGACCAUCCUGCAGCAGAAGGAGACCAUCGUGAGCCAGCAGGGGACCAUCAAGGAGCUCAACUCCAAGCUGGCGCGCUGCGAGGCGGCAGCCGACGAGUCGUCACAGAGCAAGCCCCGGGGUCAGGGCUCCAGGCGGAAGGAGUACGGCAAAAACACCAUGGGGGACCUGCCCCGGGACCCCAGCGAGACCAUAGAUCAACUGGGCAAGACCAUGCAGAGUCUCAAGGGUCGGCUGGAGAACUUGGAGCAGCAGAGUUUGCGACUCCCCAGCACAAAUGUGUCAGCUGGAGGUGUCUCGGCACUGACUCCCCUGCCACCAGAGCUGCGGGAGCUGCUGCGACAGCGUCUGGGGGCGCUGGAGACCCAGCUCCUCCGGAAGGUGGCUGAGCUGGAGGAGGAGAAGAGCCAGCUCUACAAUGAAACAGCGGCCCACCGCCAACGUACCGAGAGCACUCUCAAUUCCCUCCUGGAGAGGAUCACCGAGCUUGAGAAAAGUAAUAAUGCCUUCAAGUCACCCGAGGAUUUCAAGGUGUCCCUCCCUCUUCGUACGAACUACCUGUAUGGACGCAUCAAAAAGAGUCUCCCAGAAAUGUACGCCUUCACUGUGUGCAUGUGGCUCAAGUCCAGCGCCAGUCCCGGCAUAGGAACCCCGUUCUCUUACGGUGUGCCCGGCCAGGCCAACGAGAUAGUCCUCAUCGAAUGGGGGAACAAUCCCAUUGAACUACUAGUUAAUGAUAAGGUGGCCCAGCUCCCUCUGUCAGUGAGUGACGGGCGCUGGCACCACAUCUGCAUCACCUGGACAACUAGAGACGGUUUCUGGGAGGCUUACCAGGAUGGCGAGCGUCUAGGCACAGGGGACAACCUGGCCCCCUGGCACCCAAUUAAACCUGGAGGGGUUAUCAUCCUGGGCCAGGAGCAGGACAUAGUCGGAGGCCGCUUUGACGCCACGCAGGCUUUUGUGGGCGAGCUGAGCCAGUUCAACAUGUGGGACCGAGUACUGCGGCCUGUGGACAUCAUGGGUCUGGCCAACUGCUCGGCUUACAUGCCGGGCAACGUGGUCCCUUGGAUUGACGCUAAUGUGGAAGUGUUUGGUGGUGCGAGUAAAACUGCUCUGGAGAUCUGUGAAGAUCGCGCUUUUGAUUCCUAAAGGAUCUGAUGUGAGGAAAUACAGUAUACUAGCCACCAGGAUUGAGCAGCUAUGUAUUUGGACUGUUUGAUGCCUCAGUCAAAUCCCGAAGGAAAGGGUAUCAGUGCAACAUUUUUACAUAUUUAUAUGCUCUGACUGCGCAAAGACUCAGUGUUUAUUGCACUCAGAUUCACAUGUUGAUGUGUCCACUCAAUUUAAACCCUGAGGAGAUUACAGGAGACUUCAAAUAAGUCUGCUCAUGUGAAGAAGAUAUGCUGUUGCAUCAGUCUACUGUAAUGAUAUGACCUACUGUCAUUCUGUGUUUUCUCUUCAGUAGAUCAGCUUUCACUUGACUCCUCUUUGAAAAAAGCUCUUUUUGGUUGCAUUCCUUAUACUGACAAUGCUGUACUGUAUUCGUGGUGAAUGUGAGCUCAAACAGGCUUUGAUGUGCUAUGGAACACUAUUCCUGAGUUACAUGGUAGAGUACUACAUGCUGCGAGCCUCCUCGCUGUUUGAAGAGCAAUGAGGCGCCGAGCGAGGAGCACAGUGAAAUGAAGUGGAUGCUCAUGAGCACACAAUAAAGGAAAAACCCUCGCUGUUGAUAAUUUUAAUACGUCCCAUUGUGGCAGAAGGUCUAAAUAUUAUGCAUGAGUCUGAGCAGUGAAUGGAAGUCAGUUCAGAAGUGACAGUGCAUGCUUUCUGUCAAUACGCAGAGUGUAUGUGGUGCGUCCAAACAAGCCAAUGCAGCGUGCUGACAACAUUACAUAAGACUGUGUGUUUGUGUGUGUGUGUGUUCAUGCGCGUAUGGUUUGUCUUGCGUGUAAAAAGACCAGAGAUUAUGAGGGAGGGAGGACAUUUUCAUUCUUGUAAAUCUAUGCUUAAUACCUCUCUGCCCCUUGAGCAGCUGCCAUAUCCCAAACAGCUUUAUGGAUGGACUGGCUCUGCUCAGGUUAAUAGAGAUGUUGGACAGCUGCUCAAGACUGGCGUCUCAACAGAGCAGCACGUGCCCAGUGAUGGGCAGGGUCUGGGCUUGACCUUCAAGGACAAUCCUUAAUUCCUUAUCUGGGUAGUAAUUAUCUGUGUUCAUUAAUGAGUGUGGCGGCGAGAAGCCACUGGUCCGCUGGUGUUUUUCAAAGCUAAGUGUGUCAUAAUCGAUAAAAUUUUCAGAAGUAGAGGGGAUGUCAAAUGAGAGCAGCACUCUCCGGACACUGUGAAUGCCGCUGUCAGAUAUACUUUGGUUUUAAUUGCCUCUCGCUGAACAAGAAAAAUAGUUUUGCUCCAUGGAUAUAAUAUAUAUUUUUUUUAAUUUAGGGGAUCAAUGGAUUUUGGCACCGCUUAGUGAAUGCAACUGACGCUUUUUGCAGCUUAAUUUAUGUUAGUCCUUAAUGUUGUGGUGGAAAUUUAUUUCAUUGCUGUUUGUUUUUGAUAAACAGUAAAAUACUGGUAUCUAACCUGGUGCUGGAGCCUUACAAGGAAACAAUGUCAAAGAGGCAACAAAGACAUUAACUUUGGCAUCAACCUCCAGAGUUUCUUUUUUUCCUCCUUGUGGAAUUUCCUUACUGAGUAGACACUAGUACAAAAGCCAUUAAAAAGCUUCUGUCCAUGUUAGGAAAACAAUGCAGUUGAUAUAGAAUAGAAAAAAAUAGAUGCAGAUAUAAUGCAGUAGGUUACUGGACAGCGCAGAAUGUUAUAAAAGUUAACAUUGUAAGGACUUGUUGGAUAUGUCACCAACAUAUAAUCCUCUUUUUCAGUGUCUUUGUUAACAAUGUUUCAAUGUAAAAUCAAAAGACGUCUAUCCUGUAGAAAGGUUUUUUUUCUUGUUUUUUCUGCUCAUGAUUUUUGUCCAUUAGCAGCACAUUAUGUAAAAAAAAAAAAAGGAAGUACUUUGAAAUGCUUUGUUUAUAUGGUGAAUGGCCUUUUGUGAGAACCAUAUGUGCUUUUGCCUGUGGACAAUUCAAACUUUUCUUCAGCUUUUAAAGCACUAGCAGCACAGACGAUGAGAAACACAGAAAAAGAAAAAAAAUGUGUUUGCUAUCAUUGUUUCAAAGUCACCUUGGUGUGCAGUGCCCAUUGAAGUUUCUGCCAUGUGGUUGAAUGUCCUUUUGCACCCAAUAAAAGAGUGAACAAGU